AUGGGUGGCGGCAUUCUUCAGUGUCUCCUUGUACGCCUCGUAGGUGAAGCGCUCCUUGGGACCAUGACGGCACAUUCUUUCAUGCUCACGGGAUCUGAUGUCGUUCAAGACUUGGACAUCGGUGAAGGCACGCUGCAGGAACAGCUUCUGCAUGCUGUCGCUGAGCUUGUCGCUGGGAUCUCGGUGGCCAUCAUUGUAGUGGGUGAUGGUCUCGUCAAACUUGAUGACAAAGUCAACAGCAGAGCCUUCUCCCUGCUGAGUACUUUGCAGAACUCCUCGGAUGAACCGAUGGAUCUAUGCUGUCCUCCAGACCACAGUCAAGACAACCAAUGUGAAGGUCAUUGUGAAGUCUCACUUCCAUGA